UUCCACAUCAUUCAUUUAACAAAAACAUUAUCUGUAAAGCUAUAAAUACUUAUCCCAUUGUAUUGCUCAAUUUUGAGCUUCAUCUUCCCUUCAAUCUGUUGCAUGGCUACUUACCUCAGUCCUUGUUCAUCUUCUUCAACCUCAUCCACACCUUCUUCAUUCAAGAAUGAGACACGCCAGUUCAACAAAGUCAUCACUAUGCUAAGAGAAGCACAUUCUUCUUCCAGAUGGGUCUCUCAGAUUCGCCUUAGAACCCCUGCCAGAAAGCACUUCCAGCUCAAAUCGUCAAAUGGGCAUCCACUCAAUGCUGUGUCUUUCAAUGACGGUUCGCUUCUUGGUUCUUCUGCUGUUUCUGGAAGUCCUGUGGGCAAAGAACAGACUGAACCUCAAGGCAAAGUCUUUCCCAUCUCAGAUUCAGAAAAUGUAGAAUCUAAAUUAAGCAUAACCGUUGUUGGUGCUUCUGGAGACCUUGCCAAGAAGAAGAUUUUUCCAGCACUUUUUGCUCUUUAUUAUGAAGAUUGUCUGCCUGAGAAUUUUGUGGUGUUUGGUUAUGCUCGAACUGAAAUGACUGAUGAAGAGCUAAGGAACGUGAUUAGCACAACCUUGACUUGCAGGAUAGAUCAGCGGGAAAAUUGUGAGGGGAAAAUGGAUCAGUUCUUGAAAAGGUGCUUCUACCAUGCUGGUCAGUAUAAUUCUGAGGAGCAUUUUGCAGAAUUGGACCGCAAGCUGAAAGAGAAGGAGGCUGGAAGCAAGUCAAAUAGGUUGUUUUACUUAUCAAUACCUCCAAACAUAUUUGUGGAUGUGGUGAGAUGUGCUAGCGUUAAAGCUUCUUCAGCAAAUGGGUGGACAAGGGUCAUUGUUGAAAAGCCAUUUGGUCGUGACUCUGAAUCAUCUGCUCAGCUAACCAAAUGUUUAAAGCACUACCUUACUGAAGACCAAAUAUUUAGGAUUGACCAUUACUUGGGCAAGGAGCUUGUUGAGAACCUGUCAGUGCUUCGCUUCUCAAAUCUUGUUUUUGAGCCUGUCUGGUCUCGGAACUACAUUCGUAAUGUGCAACUGAUUUUUUCCGAAGAUUUUGGUACAGAGGGAAGAGGAGGAUAUUUUGAUAAGUAUGGAAUCAUACGGGACAUAAUGCAAAAUCAUCUUCUGCAAAUACUAGCACUGUUUGCUAUGGAAACACCAGUCAGCUUAGAUGCUGAAGACAUUAGGAAUGAAAAGGUAAAGGUUAUAAGGUCAAUGAGGCCACUGCUGCUUGAAGAUGUAGUUGUCGGUCAAUAUAAGGGCCAUAUCAAGGGCAGUAAAUCGUAUCCUGCUUAUAUAGAUGACCCAACCGUGCCAAAAGACAGUCGCACCCCUACAUUUGCAGCAGCAGCUCUCUUUAUUGAUAAUGCCAGAUGGGAUGGGGUUCCUUUCUUGAUGAAAGCAGGAAAAGCGCUCCAUACUAAGCGAGCAGAGAUCAGAGUCCAAUUCAGACAUGUCCCAGGUAAUUUGUACAAGAGGAACUUUGGAACUGAUUUAGAUAAGGCUACAAAUGAGCUUGUGCUUCGUGUACAACCUGAUGAAGCUAUAUAUCUGAAGAUCAACAACAAAGUCCCUGGUCUUGGAAUGAGACUAGAUCGAAGUGACCUAAAUUUGCUUUACCGAUCAAGGUAUCCAGCAGAAACACCAGAUGCAUAUGAGAGGCUACUCUUAGAUGCAAUUGAAGGGGAACGGAGGUUGUUCAUUAGAAGUGAUGAGCUUGAUGCUGCUUGGGCUCUAUUCACACCAUUGUUAAAGCAGCUUGAUGAGAAGAAGAUUGUUCCUGAGCUCUACCCCUACGGUAGUAGAGGGCCCGUAGGACCACAUUAUCUUGCUGCAAAGCACAAUGUCAGAUGGGGAGAUCUCGGAGAUGAUGACUAGUAAAGCUGCGGUUUGCAUGCUCAUUGCCGGUUCUUGUUCCGAUUUCAGCCAUUGAUUCUCUUUCAAUGCAGAUAUUGAAAUACUAAAACGUUUCUAUAGUGUGGUGGUUGGUUAAUCACAAAACAUUGCAUUCAUGGAAAUGCAAGUAAAACUGUUCGGAAAUGCAAAUAGGCCUCUGGAUUUUCCUCAUGGUA